AUGAGGAGGAAGGACUUCGGCAUCAAGCUGUUGAUGAAUGUCAAUCUGCAGGCGCCAUCGCUCGACCCGUCUCAGGCGCCGUUUGACUACGUGUGCUCCCUGAAGUCCAAAAAUACAACUCAGACCUCCGACGUUCAAGCCCAGCAACGCAUACCAUCUUUGAUUAUUGACGGGGGCUGCCCCUUAGAAAGCUCAUGUUGUUGCUCGGGCGGUAGUUUCAGGUACGGCAUGAUUAUAUCAAUAUUUCUUUGCCCGAGGCGUCACAAGCAGACGGUCUUGGCCAUACUGGAAAAGGCCGGGCCCUCGAAACAAGUAACGGAGAUGCUCCACGCGAUGGAGAAGGCCUUGAUUGCCGAGAUACAGGAUGUUGAGGAUGUGAUGGGGGUCAAGAACCCUCGUAUUAGGGAGCUUUUCAAUGCUAUGACUGCUUGA